AUGGAGUCCACCGCUACGAAGGACGCGAGUUCGAACGGAUGCGAUGCCGCAACUUGGCGGCCACUCGCUGACAGCGAGUCCACGACGUUCCGCCACCAGACGGACCUCCCCAAGCUUCCCAUCCCUACGCUGGAGGAGACGUGCGGGCGCUUCUUGGCGUCCGUCGCAGCGCUGCAGACGCCAGAGGAGCAGCAGCUGACUGCGCGCAGCAUCGAGACGUUCCUGGCGAGUGACGGACCGCGUCUGCAGCAGCAGCUGCUGGACUAUGAGAAGGACAAAGUGUCGUUCAUUGAGGACUUUUGGUACGAGGCCUACCUCAACCACCGCAGCUCCGUCGUGCUCAAUGUGAACCCAUUCUUCGUGCUGGAGGACGAUCCGACACCUUCGCGCAACAAUCAGCUGUCACGGGCAGCAUCGCUCAUUCUGGGCGCUCUGAAAUUCGUCUACGCGCUGCGGAGGGGUACGCUUGAGCCGGACAUGUGGCGAGGCAACAUGACUCUCUGCAUGCACCAAUACAAGCGCCUCUUUGGCUGUGCACGCGUCCCGUCGGAUGGUGUGGACGACGUCAUGGUGGACGAGCUGUCGAAGCACAUUGUCGUGGUCUGUUGUAACCAGUUUUAUUGGUUUGACGUCAUUUGGAAAGAUGGGGUCACGGCAAUUACAGAGAGAGAGCUAUUGGCCAACCUGAAAGCUAUCCACGAUGACGCACUCAAGGCUGAUGAUGUCACAGCUGCGUCUACUGCUGUGGGCGUGCUUACAACAGAGCGUCGCUCGACGUGGGCGUGUCUGCGAGCCAAGUUGCAGCGCAAGAACAAGGACACGCUGGCCGUCAUUGACCGGGCUCUUUUUCUCGUGUGUCUGGAUACAACAGCACCUCUCGAUGCUGCGGCCUCUGCUGCUACAGUACUGCAUGGCACCUAUAACAUCACAAAGGAUGGUGUCCAAACAGGCACGUGUAUGAAUCGCUGGUACGAUAAAUUGCAGUUGAUCGUGUGCGAGAACGGUGUGGCCGGGUGCAACUUUGAGCACGCGUUUGUGGACGGCCACACGGUCCUCCGGUUUGUGUCGGACGUGUUCACCGACACGAUCAUCCGCUUUGCGCAGACGAUUCGUGCUGGCAACUAUGCCUUCUUAGAGGCGUCCUACCGUGCACCACAACUAUGUUCGGUUGAUGUGCCUGAUCGCCCACGCGUGCAGCCGCGCAAGCUCGAAUGGGUGCUGGACCGAGAGUUGCAAGAGGGCAUCAAGUUUGCCGAGGCGCAGCUGACCGACCUGAUGCUGCAAAAUGAGGUCAAGGUGCUCGAGUUCACGGCGUACGGCAAGCUGUUCAUCACCCAGCACAACAUGAGCCCGGAUGCUUUUGUGCAAAUGGCCUUCGUCGCAGCUUACUACUUCCAAUACGGGAAUGCGCCUUGUAUCUACGAGCCCGUGCUCACCAAACGCUUUUUACAUGGACGUACAGAGGCGGCACGAGCUAUGACAGUUGACGCCCUCAAGUUUGUGAAAGUGUUUUUCUCGGACAAGACUCCGCUCGAAAAGAUCGAAUCGCUGCGCAAGGCAAUCUCCACACACGUCAGCAAUGUGCGAAACUGUGCAGCUGGCAAGGGCCCCGAGCGUCACCUCUACGCUCUCGAGUGCCUGUGGCAACGCGAGAAGGCUGCUGACAGUACGAAGACACCACCAGCGCUGUUUGCAGACGAUGCAUGGCGCAAGCUAAAUCACUCGGUGCUGUCAACAAGCAACUGCGGCAACCCAAGUCUGCGCCUGUUCGGCUUUGGUCCCGUGGUGCAUGACGGAUUUGGCAUCGGCUACAUUAUCAAGGACGAGGGCAUUCAGUUCUGCGCAUCAUCGCGACAUCGCCAGACCGAGCGCUAUCUCAAGAACCUGGAGUCGUUCUUACUGCGUGUGCAGGACCUUCUAAUGCAUGAAGAGGAGAUCCGCUUUCCACACAGCACUGCCGCUAAGAAGGAGACGACAUUCAAAGGCUACGGGUUUUUCGACGACGGCGGCCAGCCCACAGAAGCCAAGGCUCGAGCAUCUAUUUCUGCCGUCGGUAAGCCACUCGGGUAG